AUGUCUAAUGGAUUCAUCAAGUUCGACCCGUCCCUGGUCGACGAGAGUAACGGAAGCGUCGUCCUGGUCUUGUGUGUGGUGUUUUCCGUGCUCAUCAGCAUAUCCACGACGUCGCGUAUUGCCAUGAAGAUCGCGACCAAGGCUGGUCUCGGGGCUGCGGAUUACUUUAUCGUCAUUGCCCUUGCCUUCAAUCUCACCGCCAAUGUGCUCGAGAUCCAGUCCGUCCAGUCCGGCUUCGGCCGCCACCUCCAGUUCCUCACCCGCGAGCAGGUGCUCACCGUCCGGCGCUUCAGCCAGUACAACAUCCUGUUCGCCAACAUUUCCCUCUGGGCCGUCAAGAUCUCCGUCUGCUUCUUCAUCCUGGCCCUGAUCCAGGGCGUCCACCGGCGCACCACCUGGAUCGUGUACGCGCUCAUCGCCAUCACCACCACCGCGAGCACCUGCCAGGGCAUAUUCUGGGGUCUCCAGGCGAGCCCGCUCCGGAAGCUGUGGGAGCCCGACAUUCCCGGCGAGGUGAAGAGCGUCAAGACCCUGGUCACGUCCAUUAUUGCCUUUACCAUCAUCAAUAGCAUCACUGAUCUUUUCUACGCCAUAUCGCCCGUGUACUUUAUCGGAAGGCUCCAGAUGAGUCUUGGGAAGCGGCUCGUUAUUAUUGGAUUGACAGGAUCGGGGCUGUUGGUCUUUGCCUCGUCUAUUACUCGCGUUGCUUUUGAUGGCGACUUUUACAAGCCAGACUUCACUUGGGCUCUGUACCGGGUGUACCUUUGCACGAUCGUAGAGCGCAAUCUUGCAAAUGUCAUCGCCGACCUCCCCGCGACCUUCACUCUUGUCCGCAGCGUCCACAAUAAGACGAAUGCCUUUUGGUCACGGGGCUCUCGCAGCGGCUCUACUGCCAAGGCCUCUGAUCACACGGGUAGCGUCGACUCAGGCAGCAAGGGCUUCGCGGGGGCAAGUGCGCGGCCUGCUAACGCCAGGCCAGCUUAUAACGAGGAUGAAAAUGAGGAUGAAAUACCGCUCAGUGCUUUUGCCUCCCGCGUUCCAAAGGGCAGCGGGGUGGUCCAUAUGGAGACCAGCAUCGACAUACAGGCACAUAGGGUUGAUGCGCAGGAGCAGCAGGAAAGCCGUCAGACUCUGGUCCAUCCAUGGGACAAGGAAGCAGCCAUUGUGUAG